AUGAAAUUCCUACCUGAAAUACAGUAAUUUUAGUAGAAGCAAGCUAAAAGAAAAUCUUAAUCAAGCAACCAUAAAAGAUUCUUAAUUAUUAUUUACAAUUUUAAUAGAUUGUAUUUAACAGAAAUUGAAGUUGAUUAUAAAAAUGAAAAAAUAACUUGUAGUAUUUUUGAUGAGAUGGCAAGCAGAAAGUAAGAAAUAUGUUAAUAAAUAUUUUGGUAAGGUAAACAUUAGAUGAUGCUAAAGAAAGAAUUGCUAAUAAUUAAUCAUAAGUUAGCGUUAAAUAAUCAUAUCAUCAUGUAGAAAUAGUAAUAUUUAGUUGGGUCGAAGGGAUUUGCAUGCAAAAUUUUAGUUAAUGAAAAGACUCAGCAAAUAAUAAGUUCUUCUACGGUAUCUGUGGAAAUAAUUCAGAAAAUAUUGAUAUUUAUUUACCUCUCUGUUUAUAAUAAUAAAAUAAUGGUGGAGACAAAAAUGAGAGCUCUUUUUUGCAUUAAGAAAUAAGAAAUUAAUUAGAUAAAUUACAAACAAACAAAAAUAAAUUAGUUGAUGAUGAACUUCUGGUAGAAAUUCACAUAAAUAAAGCUUUAACUUCAAUAUUCUUUCUUAGAAUAAAAUUUUUAUAUACAAUAUUUUUAUUUAAAAAGCCAAGCUCAAAGAAGGUUCAAUAAAAGUACUUAAUUCAAAAGGUAAUUUGAUAUUCCACAACAAGAAUGUAUGUAAUAUUUACUUUCUUUUAAUUUACUUGCUACUCCUGAACUUAUAGCUUUGUGGCUAUUUAAAUAAAACGAUAAGAAUUAACAAAUAUAAGCUUCAUUCGAGAUAUUUAAGCUAUUAUUUUCUAAUAUAUGCUUACUUUGUUCGUUGCUGGCUUGA